AUGUCGCGAGUGAAGAUCGCAGAGCUUUUAAAAGUAUGCGACAAUUUGAAGCAUUUGAAACGGACGGGAUGGGUCAAAAGAGGGGUUCGUUUAGUUUUUGAAUUCCUAAAGUUUUGUGUUUCUAGGUGCCCGAACCGGAAACUGUCGCCUGUCACAUGUAUCGGAUGGCUAUACUAGCGAUGGCUCUUGAGGGCGAAAUUGAAAGUCUGUGUUAAAUAAUGAAAUGAGAAAAAAGCUCUCAAUUAAUUUUCCCUGAAUAUAAAAUCUUCCGUAAGCAAUAUUUUUUACUUCUUGCUGCGACCUCGCAAAUUUCUCGCACUUAAUGAAAAAGCUGGAGUAGGCCCUAUAGGCAGAGAAUAUCCACCCUUUUUGCGCCCCUAGAGCCCCCUUUACUGGUAGUUCAGGAUUCGCUAUAGAGGUUUGCAGGAAAAAAGUUGGAAAGACGGAAAUAAGGUUUUAUAAUAUUUUGAAAAAGGCUUUUUGAACCUGUCCAACUAGUGGUCGGAAAGGUGAUCUGAUUCUUUUGGUUUUUCGGAUUUCCGAGUAAAAAUCAUGCUUUUGAUACGUUUUUACGUUAUAAGGAGAUUUCAGGAAAAAGCUCUGAAAACUAUAAAAAGGACAAAAGUAGGUUUUCGAAAUUUUUUGAAGGAAAAUACCAGGUAUAAUUGGUAUAAAAAUUUUUAUUCGUUUUUCAAUGCAAGCUUUCUUUUAGGAACUAUUUUUUCGGAAAAACAAUGAACGAUCCAAGAAAAAAAAACUUGGGAAUUUUUUUCAGACUUGGACGUGAUUCGAGCGCUGAAAAUGUCGCUGGUUCAUGACAUUGGCGAAUCAAUUGUCGGCGACAUCACGCCGCACUGUGGCAUUUCGCAAGAAGACAAGUUCAACCUAGAGAAUGAAGUUGGACCUUAAGAUUUACUUGAUCAAAAUCUGCGAUUUAUUUUCGAGGCGAUGAAACGCAUCGCGUCGUACGUGCCGAACGUGGGCGAUGAGUGGAUGCAGUUGUGGAACGAGUACGAGGAGGCGACAUCGCUGACGGCAACCGUCGUCAAGCAUCUCGACAAGUUCGACAUGGUCGCACAGGCGUGGAGCUACGAGCAGAAACACGGUCUUAACAGAAAAGAUUCACGGCUAACUUUAUACGUCUGCGCCCUCCAUCAACCAAGCAAUCUCUCUUUUUUAUUCGUCUCAGGACCCAUUUUCCGACGGCUCAAGCCAGUCGUGGACCGGUCUGAAAUUAGCGAUGAAAACAGUUGAGAUCCUCACCAAUCUUAUUGAUUUACCCUGAAUUUUAUAACUUCUGUAAAAACUGCAACUUCUUCAUAUGGUAGCCUUAUGAAAAAUGACAGGUAGCAUUAAAAAAGGCCAGGAUAACCACGGUUGAAGUGCGCUCCAAGGAAAACCUUUUUUUUUGGACUUGAAGUUCAACGUAACUAUAUAAAUCUUUGAUUCAGUGAUUUUACAGACAUCUGCCUGGAGGAAUUUUUCACGAGUACAGCCGGAUUUUUCAAAAUGGAGCCGUUUUUGACGUGGGACCGUGAGUUGCGGCAGGAAAGAGAAAUCCAAAAAAAGCGAAACGAUAAUCUUUAG